CAAUGAGACCCAGAGCAGGACAAGGCUCCAGCCUUCUGGUUUUCAUAACAGUAGCCCCCUCCAGUAGGGUUGAGGCAUGGGAGGAGCUUGCCCAAACUCAAAUAAACACUGACAUGCAGCAUCUUAUGAAGAUGUGCAGCCUCCACAGGACACACUGCAACAGCUGGAAGGACAAGCACUGAAACUCUCCGGCAAGAUGAUCAAGUCCUUCAAGCAAACAUUUCUGUCCCUGGACCUGCAGUCCCCUCGCUGGAGCUCAGCAGAGGCAAUGGCCAAGGACUAUGAACUGCGUCAGUACGAGACAGCCAAGUGGGUCAGCACGGUCAUCAGGGGGGAAAGCCAGAAGGAAGCAAUGCGCCAGGGCUUCUGGAAACUCUUCCACUACCUCCAGGGAAAGAAUGAAAAAGAAAUGAAGAUUGAUAUGACUGUGCCAGUGACCUGCCUGGUAAAAUCAGGCUGCACAGACUUCAAGAUCUCUUUCUUUGUGCCAUUUGAACACCAGGACUGUCCCCCCCAGCCCACUGACUCCGAUGUGUUCAUUGAGGAACGGAAGGCAGCAGCUCUCUUUGUCCGAUCCUUUGGUGGAUUUGCCUCCCCAGAGAAGUAUGCUGAGGAAGCUGAUGCCUUGGCCAGAACCUUAAGAAACAGAGGCCAACCAUUCCACGAAGAUUUCUUUUAUACUGCAGGCUAUGACAGUCCCUUCAAGCUCUUCAACAGGCAUAAUGAAGUGUGGUAUUUUAAAAAGUAACACAAUGGGAGAAUAUUAAGUGGCUACUAAUCAGCUCUGGAUGAAAACAGACCUUAUUAUUGGCUUUUUAGUGCAGAAGAGUUUUAAUUCACAUGUGGACACUGUCCAAGUAUAUUUUCUCUAGGAUGAAGUACUUUUCUGGAUAAAAACAUUUUAAAAUGUAAUUCAAAAUCAUACAAGAUGGAGUGGGUGGGAAAUGUAACAAAUUUACUCCUCCUAUUGAAAGAUUCUAAGCCACGCUAAUAAUGUGAAAAUAAUCCUGCUGAAUUUUAAGUAUGUAGUUUAUUUCUCAUUAGAAGUGCUACAGCAGUAGUUGAAAUGUUAUGGAAAGGGAGUUCUUCAUAACUGACUUUCAUAUGCUGACUUUCCUCAUAUUGACAUCACCCCUGAGACCAGGGAGGAAUUUAAAUGAACUUUUCAGAAAAGCAAGCUUCCCUUAAGGAGCAUUAGAAAGUAGAAACAUAAUGGCAGGCCUCAGUGACUUCUAAACAGUAACUGUUGUUAAUUAGCAUUAUGAAAAUCUCCCACCUCUGCAACUUUUUCCCCCCCUGAAGACCAAGUGUUGUAUUGUUUAAAUCCAGAACCCUUGGAAACAGGUUACCAGGUCCAAGCUGUACACUUGUUCUGAGAAGAUCUCCACCUCAACACGUAAUACCAGGAUUACUGGUAGACUAUUACUUUAGUAGCAAAUAGCCAAGUUUAGCUCUCUCAUUAAAACACUUGAAAUAAAUACUCCUUAACUUAUUUAGCUUUCUCAAAAAUAUGGUGACUUGCAGCCUGCACACCAGCAGUAUUUGACACCUCAGUUAAGACACUUGCAGAACUAGCAUCUAGCCUAGUUUAGUUCCUGCUCUAAAUUAAGCAUUUUAAAUUUAAAUAUAGCAGCCUGAGGUACUUUGCAUCAAGCUGUUCCAGCCAGAAAGGAGGUCACAACACCAGGUAGAGUUUACAGAUUUUUAUUCACUCCAAUCAACAUCAGGCUAACAUUACCAGUGAGGUAAAAACAAACUGACUUUUAAAAUGCUGUUCAUGCAAGUGUACCCAUUCAUCCAAUCUUCCACCUAUUAAGACAGACAGAAGAACCAUUAUAAGGUACCAAACCAGCACAACACACUUGAUGGGAACAUCUCAGACCUUAGGAUUUCAUCUCUGUUCAGUGAGAGAGUUCAAGCUAAGGUUUUCAUCACUUGUUCCAACAAAUACAUUAUUACUGCUCUUACACUCACCUUCUUAAUUCUUCAUGUGCUAGUUUCAGAGUUGCCUCUCCACCUAAAUCAAGAAAACACAGUUAGCAUAUGCAGCAGCACAACUGCUAAAAGCUCCACAACAGUUUUGUAACCUCAGAUAGAAAUGGAACGGAAAGGGUUAAUAUCACAGGAACUCAUUUGGCAGAAUCAAUUUCAUCAGUGGCUACAAAUAUUUCCAGAAGUUUUUAACACAAUUCAUCUGUUGUGUGGACUUACCCAGUGAGGCCGCAGCCACAGCACAGUCCCUUCCUGAGGAAGAAAGAAAUACUUUCAGAAUAACAGACAGCAGCACUAAAUGCAAAGUUUAUUUAUCUAUUCCUUUCUAUUCACUAAACUUUUACCUAAAAGGAAACUGACUUUUAGUUGGCAUCUCACAAGUUCAAUUUACAACACCCAAAGAGGAUACACAUAGCUUACAAAUCCUAACUUAACUGGAAAUACAGAAUUCCUAACAUUGGAAGAAUCAGGGAAAGUAAAAAGCUACUAAUUUGAUUUGUGAUACUGCCUCUCCGAACAAUGUUGUAUUUCAUUAUUUUAAAUACCUAAAAUACAAGUCCCAUGGCUUCAAUUUUCAAA